AUGAAUCUCCAAUCUUGUCUCGCCUUUCUUAUGGCUUGCAUCCUAUUCCACACAACACUCGCCGACUACGGCCAACACUGUUACGGCGCGAACAUCCUAAGCCCCACCCCAGCCACCAUGCUCCAAGUCGCAAAAUUCAUCUGCGACGGCGAGAAAUACGUCAGUUUCAACACAGACUGCCAGCCAAACGGGUGUUGCAACCUAAUAGAAGCAUGGUAUAACGGUACAUCCGGAGGCCACCGAGAACAAUGUAUGGUAAGCACCUUUACUUCCCUUCUUUCCCCGAGACUUAGAGUUGACUUUAACACGGAUGCAUAGUCUGCAUACAAGUUCAUCGUACGAGAACUGAUUCAGAACCGAGGUCACCAGUCGGAUUUCUUUGAAUAUCUUACGGAGGAUUAUAUUGUGCAGUAUCAUGUUGGUGCGACGUUUGUUUGUUAUCGGAGUGCGGAGUCGAUGAGUACGCUGCUUCCUGAUGGGUUGGGGGUGAAGGAUAAUAUUAAUGGUUCGUUUGAGGUGAGUACGGCGAGCUCGAGGACGGUGUCUCGUGUUGGGUUGCCGACGGGGGUGGUCUUUAAGGAGGUGAGGUAUGAGCCGUUUGAGAGUGGGGAUGAUUCGGAUUGGGAGUUUGAUAGGGAUGGGGAAGGAGAUGGUGAGUUUACAGAGGCGUGGAGGUAGAGAUGAUGUUUUGAGGAUGUUGGUGUGGGAGCAUGGUAACCAUCGGUAUGGGUAGACUAUAAGGAGAGAAUCAAAAGAUGGGACAAUGGAGUGUCGAUUGACGUGUAUGAAAUGGAUGAAAUCAUGGCCCAACAAGGAGGAAAUGAGGGCAGCUUGGAAGGUUUACAAGGCCUACUUGAGUAGAGGCUAACCGGUUGUACCAUGUACAUAUUGUCAGAUAUAAGGAUAUCUUUGGUCAUUAGGAUGGGAAGUCUUAG